AUGGAGGGUUAUCUCGCUGUCCCGCCUGACAGGGGAACAAUCCUAGGACGAGCGUUGUGGAAGGUGUGCACCGCCCUCGUCCCCUUCCGCCUCACCUUUGCUCCUGCUGUUCUGACAUCAAAGAGAGCAGACCCGUUACCCCAGCCAGGCGCGCGUGGCAAGGACGGCCGAGGAACAUCUCGAAGUCAGAGCAAUAUCUCAUUCGAUGGCACCACCUAUCUAUCUAUAUACAAAGCCUCGGACGACCGGGAACCUAUUCAACAAUAUGCCGUCAGCACCAUCGCCCAGUGCCAAGUUCAGAUGGUCGCGCAUCGCAAGCAAGGACCAGUGCUACCAACACUCAUCGUCACCAUUGUCCCUGAUCCUGCCACAGACAAGCUUCGCAAGCGUCGGUCGAGUCGAGCAGCAGGUCUCGUUGCUUCGAGCAGGGAGUCCGGUCCAAUGAGUCUAUGGUUUCGAGCCGAAGAGGUGAUUCGUGAAGGCCAGAGUCUCCACGACUGGGCGAGGGCCAUACAAGCCACGAUCCAACCAAACAUGCCCGACGUGACCCCGAUGAGCCCGAUGUCGCCGGGCUCCAACAGUUUCAACAAUCCAUUCACGCAACGACAGCCGCGCGAUGCGUCCGAGUUCUACCCAAAUAGACCGCCUAGCGCUCCAAAAUCCUCGCUGCAGCACAAGUCAUCCACGGCGACGGGCUCGAGCCGGGAGAGACCCCUCACAUUCUCAGACACUCCAAGUUUGCGAUCCCGGCGUAGCGACAUCUCAUCACUGACCGGCAUCAAUGUGCCACCACUUGCGCCACACACCUAUGCUUCAGUGAUGCCAUCCGACUUGCCCUCACCUGCAACCACGGCAGGAGGACACUACGGCGGCUUUAUAGAAGGAUGGACAUCAGCACAAGGGCGAUCUUCAACUUUGAGCUCCCCAGUACGGAACGUACGUGACAGCAUGGGAUCCAUGCCUCCGUUUUCCCCACCGGCAACCAUCGAGUCUGGCUCACCGCCAAAUGCGCGAGAGACGAUCCUGGACAGAGCGUUCCAGCUGCAUUGCAUCCCAGGAUCCGAUCAGCAAAUUCCAGGUGAAGAAAAAUUGAGCUCGCUCGCCCGCUUCGAAGCCUUGAUGCAACAAGCCGAUGAGCAGAGGAAAGGCAGGGAACAGAGGCCUCAGACAAUGGUGAGGCGGCCUGCCUCGCCGCCGGCCUCACCACCACACUCGUUGCAACAACCUCAAUUACGAAGCGCUUGGGACUUGGACGACUCUUCCGAUGACAAUUCAGUAGAUUCGGACUCGGACUCGACCCAUGGCGACUCUGGAUACGGGCAAGAGGAAGAUAUGGAGGAAGACCCGGCAAGCAUCCGUGCACGGUCACGCCGGACACUCGGCUAUGUGUCUGGGCGGCGAACGCCCCCGGGGCAAUCUCAGUCCCCUCGUAGUACGACGGGACCUCGAUCUCCGAUCGCCUUCAACCCUGAGACGCUGAUGGCUUUGAACAGUGGGUCCAACCUUGGUCGAGGCUCUUCCAACAGGCCGGUUUAUGCUCAGAGAUCGUACAGUCAAACCCAAAUAACCGGCCUCAGUGGCUUGAACCUGAGCGUCAGCCAGCAGGCUCUCGAUGCGUCGCCGGGGAGGAGCAGCGUCACCUCACGCAGAACCUCGAUCCAGGAGAGCGUCGGCGGGCUCAACCCGGCGGCGGCACUGUACCGGACGAGCACGAUCGCCGAGGGACAGAAGCGGCAAUCGGUAGCGAGCAACAGUAGCAAGAGGCUCAGCUUCACCGAGUUCACAAGAAGGCUCAGCAGUACUGGCAGCCUGCUACUCAACGCGAGCCCUAGCGGGGAGACGGAAGCCCAGCCAGCUGGAACGCCUCGUUCGGCAAUGCAGCCCCGUGGGCCGCCGUCCCUUUUCAACUCACCCAAUAACGACAGGGGCCACUCAACGGACCGCAACGCCCGCGAUCAGGCAUGCAGCAACUGGCGUAACGGUGCGGGUGUGCUUGGUGGCGAGGGUGGCUUUCUGCGCCGACGCCUGUCAUCUGGGGGACUCGCAAUCCGACUGCUUUUGGACGCACCGGACCACCCAGCUCAUCUCUACAAGACCAAGGCCUGUGCCACGAUCAACACGGAAAGGACCCAUCCCGGCUGA